UCUCAUGAACACAAACAUUCAACUUUAUCUACUCCUGAGGCAAGAAAAUGGCCUUUUCUUUAUUUUCAUGCCUCCUGUUUGCUUCUGUUGUUACAAUGAUAUCUUCAUUUGCAGCUGAAGCUGCCAUUAAGAAGUACCAAUUCGAUGUUGUGGUGAAGAAUGUGAGCAGACUGUCUCACCCUAAACCAAUUGUUACCGUCAACGGGAGGUUCCCUGGGCCUACAAUCUAUGCCCGAGAGGGAGAUCGUGUUGUCGUCAAUGUCACCAACCAUGCUCAAUAUAACCUCUCCAUCCAUUGGCACGGACUGAAACAAUUUCGGAAUGGAUGGGCUGAUGGUCCAGCCUACAUUACGCAAUGUCCGAUCCAGAGUGGCAACUCGUACAGCUAUGACUUCAAUGUUACAGGGCAGAGAGGGACGUUGUGGUGGCAUGCUCACAUACUGUGGCUGCGAGCGACGGUUCAUGGGGCGAUCGUCAUCAUGCCAAAGCAAGGAGUUCCUUUCCCGUUCCCUCAACCCCAUGGUGAAUCAGUGCUGGUCCUAGGAGAAUGGUGGAAUUCUGAUGUUGAAGAGCUGGUGAAGCAAGGCAAUGCACUUGGUUUGCCACCUAAUAUGUCUGAUGCCCACACGAUCAAUGGAAAGCCUGGCCCUCUUUUCCCCUGUUCAGAUAAACAUACCUUCGUUACUGAAGUCGAAUGGGGAAAGACGUACCUCUUGAGAAUCGUCAACGCAGCCCUGAACGACGAGCUCUUCUUCGCCAUCGCGGGCCAUAACAUGACGGUGGUGGAGAUCGACGCCGUCUACUGCAAGCCUUUCACAACCAGUGCUAUCCUGAUUACCCCAGGUCAGACCACAAACGUUCUUGUGACUGCCAACCAAGCUCCUGGCAGAUACUUCAUGGCCGCCAGGGAUUUCAACGACGCUCCCAUCCCUGUCGACAACAAAACUGCGACUGCUAUUCUCCAAUACAAAGGCGUUCCGGAUACUGUCAUCCCGGUCCUGCCUCAACUUCCAGCACAAAAUGACACUUCAUUCGUCGACACUUAUUCUAACAGUCUUCGGAGUCUCAACACACCGCAGUUCCCUGCUAAUGUCCCUCUCACAAUCGAUCGUCAUCUCUUCUUCACUGUCGGCCUUGGAAGAGACCCGUGCCCCACUUGCCUCAACAGCACCAAGCUAACUGCAUCCAUUAACAACGUCACCUUUGUGAUGCCCAAGAUUGGACUGCUUCAAGCACAUUACUUCAACAUCAACGGAGUUUUCAAAUUGGACUUCCCCGACAAGCCACCCGCACCAUUCAACUACACUGGAGCUCCCCUGACAGCCAACUUGGGAACUUCGCUCGGUACUAGACUUAGCAAACUGGCUUUCAACUCGACUGUCGAGCUCGUGCUUCAAGAUACAAAUCUUCUCACCGUCGAAUCUCACCCUUUCCAUCUCCACGGGUUCAACUUCUUCGUCGUGGGGAGGGGAGUCGGUAAUUUCGAUCCUGCAAAAGACCUGGCUAAGUUCAACUUGGUUGAUCCGCCAGAAAGGAACACUGUAGGAGUUCCUACAGGUGGUUGGACGGCAAUAAGGUUCAGAGCUGAUAAUCCAGGGGUUUGGUUCAUGCACUGUCAUCUGGAGCUGCACACUAUGUGGGGGCUGAAGAUGGCUUUUGUGGUGGAGAAUGGAAAUGGGCCUGAUCAAUCCAUACUGCCUCCUCCCAAUGAUCUUCCACCAUGCUAACUGAUCAGGCUAUAUCGCGACAUUAUUACUUCUUGUGUCUUAUUUGUUCUCCGAAAGUCGGAGGUCGUUUGCUGAUGGCGAUGGGGUUUGAAGAUGAUGAUCCUAGUCGUCAUUCAUUCAAGAAAUUUGUGAUUGCUUCGGGAAAUUGUUAAUCUUUGGUAUGAAUAAAAUGCUCAGGCAAGAAAACAAAAGUCCUCUUGCUGGAUAUGUAUAAGAAAUAAUUCUGACAGUUUUUCUCUUUUCUCUUUCUGUAAGUAGUCACUGGAUGUAAGUUUGUAACCAGUGGCACAACUAAAAUUGAGAACAAGAAUUCAGUGUUCAUGACCA